UGUUAAAUUCUGUAAAUGUUUGACAGACGGUUGAGCGGACAGAAUUCAGGCCGACCCAAAAGUGUUCCUGAUCUAGCAGAUCUUGUUCCUGAUCAGAAUAUAUCCAGAGAAAAUAUGAAGAAAGAUCUUAAAAGAUUGAAUCGAAGUCAAGAUGAAUACGAUUGUGUUGAAGAAAUGAAUGCAUCGAAGGCUGGUGAGAGAAAUUAUGAAUUGAAUCUACCUGUCCGACAAUCUAAAUCUAUGCAUUUCAUUGAAAACAAGAACAAAACAUGGAACAUUAGUACACUUAGGCAUUAUGAAGAUACUCCACGGGUACCUAGUCAUCCCCGACCUUCAGUGUUGACAGCUGAUUAUUUCCAUCACAACUAUGAAAACGUGUAUGGUGAAAUGGAAGACGAUUGCUCAAAUGGCGGAUUCCGCAAUGAUAAAAGUCCGCGGCAAAACAUAAGGAUCUGUAAGCUGGCUCAGUCUCCACGGGCCCAAAACUCUCGGAGGAAGGAAUUCUUGUCUGGCAUGACCGGCGGCGAUGGGUUCCCAACGAAGGUUCCCUUAUCUAGAAGUAAAAGCUGUGAUAGACCCAGAGUAAAAGAUUCGAUGAGAGAAACAUUUAGAAUUUCCUCUGAUCGGCUGCAGACCAACCUGUCAAGAUUCUCUCACAAUAUUUCAGAUAAACUAACUAGUUUUCAGGCGAGUAGUCGAAUGUCGACGACCUCUAACGGAUCAACGGGUCGACAGAGUAGUAGCAGCGAUGAGGGGAAACCUCAUAGUCCAGCCUCCUGGGAUUCAGCUGACCGGCCUACCCUUUGGGAGCAUUCUUCAUCCCAGCAUUCAUCCUCCCCUCAUCCAUCAUCCUCCCCCCACCCUUCAUCUCCUCAUCCAUCAUCCAUUCUGCAGUCAGUAGCGUACAAAGCCAUUCCAUGCGUUGAACUUCAGACGCAGUGUAAAGGGGGAAGGGUGUCUCCCACGGAUAGUAUAGAGUACACAGCCAGUGAAGAUUUUAAGGUAUUAUAA